AUGCUGCCCGUUUGUUCAGCCGCCACUAGCUGUUCCCCUCAUUCCCAGGUUGCUUUGCAUGGAGGGUGGCUAUCCUUUUCCUCAUAUCGGAAAACAUAUGAAGUUAGAUGCAUUUUGGAAGACAGGGUGAAUCUGGGCUUGUCUGAUGAAAUACAUCUUGAAGAAUUUUCCCUCAAGAAACAAGCUGUUAAAUCUUUCAGUUCUAGGUUUUUUGAAAGCACUGAGCAAACUGGAUGCAUGGAUUUCAUUAACCUGUCUUCAUACCAAAAUGAAGUAGAAGACAUUAAAUGUGAGUUUCCAAAUAAAUGGAAUAAUUCAUCGGGUGCAGCAACUGGACAUUAUGCCAUGGGUAUGGGAGAUCUGCAAUUUGUAGAAAGUUCUAGUGUAUCCACCGGAAAAGAGGAACUCGUGGACUUUACAUAUCGAUUAACUGAAAAUACCAAUGCUUUAACAGAGGCUUCUGAUCCCCAAACCAUGCUACGAAUUGAUGGUCCAACCUCCGAAUCUGAUUUGUUGAACACGGAUAAUGAUUCUCUAUCCAGUGGGAAAACAAAUGUUGAAAAUGCUUUUGCUGGGAUAAGUGAGUCCGUUAGUGCUUCAGUCAAUAAGGCACAAAAUGCUCUGAAAAACUCACUUGACACCAUUACUUCAUCAGUGACAUCUGCUUUCAAGGGUGCUAAUGAGGCUGUUGAUGACGCUGUUAGUAAUGUGAUAUCGGCUGUUGAUCAGACAGGAGAAUUAGUUCAUAAGAGAUUGACAGGGUUUUCCAGUGACUUGAAGGAUGCCUCAAGUAGAGUGGGUAUUAUUGCUGUUGAUGUGUUGAGGCGUACAAUAGUUGCAGUUGAGGAUUCUCUGACACAGGGGGCCACCUUUGUUGUUUAUGCAUAUAGUUCUGCAAAGGAGCUGCUUCCUCCAGAGAUUCAGAAUGUUUUAAAUUUGUCAGAAGAAAAUGCAGUAAAUUUUUUUAGGCCAGCUGGGACAGCUUUUCAACAGAUUUACAUCACAUUAGAGGGGUUCGAGAAGAGUCUUGGCUUGGACCCCAAUGAUCCAGUCGUUCCAUUUGUUUUUUUUCUGGGAACAUUGGCGACUUUAUGGGGUUCUUAUUGGGUAUUGACAUAUGGAGGAUAUGCUGGAGAUUUAUCUCCCAAGUUAACUCUGGAGCUCCUGACAGGAAUGGAAAAUGCAGUACUCAUUGAUGUCAGACCUGAGGUUCUCAGGGAAAAAGAUGGCAUUCCUGAUCUUCGGCGAGCAGCUCGAUUUCGAUAUGUGGAUGUAAUUCUACCCCAGGUCGACGGAUCUGUGCUGAAGUUAUUGAAGAGUGAAAGGGACAUUGAUGACUUCAUGAUUGCUGCCGUCAUUCAGAACUUGAAAAUCGUUCAAGACAGAACCAAGGUCAUCAUCAUGGAUGCUGAUGGUACUCGUUCCAAAGGAAUUGCAAGGUCACUGAGGAGACUUGGGGUUAAGAAACCAUAUCUAGUCCAAGGUGGCUUUCAGUCUUGGGUAAAGGUGGGUCUGCGAGUUAAGGAGUUGAAACCUGAGACAACGCUUACAAUACUCAAUGAGGUAUAUGACACUGCUCUUCGAUUCUUGGGCUGCUAUGUCUACCUGGCAAUUUUAUCCAUUUGA